AUGUCUUCUCUUCUAUUAUCCUUCUCCUUCACGCGACAUGCUUGCACACCGUUCGCAAGUACCCACACACUCACUAGUCACUAGUUCUCUUUUAGUUCGUUUUUUUUUUUUUAGUUAGCUGUUAGCUAUCUACGGUGCUUUGUAUCAUACGUUCGAUCUGCUAAAUUAAAAUGAAGUGAUCAAAAAUACAGUAUCUCUUUUCUUCAAAAUUUCGGAAUUUUUUGAUUUCGGAGUGAACAGUGCACUUGAUCAAGUACUGCUCGAAAUGCAAGUAUAAUAAUAUUAGGUAUUAUCAUGUUGAAUAAAAAUGUUGCAGUUGUAGGAAGCGGUGGCCGGGAGCACACACUUUGUUGGAAACUGAACCAAUCUGAUACGGUUUCCAAAAUUUUCGCCAUUCCUGGUAAUGGCGGAACAGCUACGUGUAAAAAAGUCACCAAUGUAGAUAUCGAUGCUACUAAUUUUGAGGCUCUCAUCUUGUGGCUAAAAGAAUACGAUGUAUCGAUGGUCGUCGUAGGUUCUGAGGUCCCAUUAGCUAGCGGGAUAUCAAACGUUAUUAGGAAAAAUAACAUCAUGUGCUUUGGUCCUACUGCCGAAGCUUCUAAAAUAGAAUCUGAUAAAAAAUGGGCUAAGCAGUUCAUGAACAGGCAUCACAUACCCACUGCUCAAUGGAAAUCGUUCAAAAAUACUAAUGAAGCCAAAAAUUUCAUCAAAACCGCACCUUUUAAAGCUCUGGUAAUCAAAGCUGCCGGAUUGGCCGCUGGUAAAGGCGUUAUUGUGGCUAAUAAUGUAGAUGAAGCCUGUGACGCUGUCGAUACUGUCGAAAAACAAGGAUCUGCCGCUGAUGUUAUCAUUGUCGAGGAACGUUUAGAUGGCGAAGAAGUCUCGGUACUCGCAUUUACCGACGGCAACACUGUUAAAGUCAUGUUACCGGUGCAAGAUCAUAAAAGACUUCUGAACAAUGAUGAAGGUCCAAAUACCGGAGGUAUGGGUGCUUUUUGUCCUUAUGCUUUGACAAAAGAUGAGAUGGAAUUCAUCGAAUGUGAAAUCAUGCAACAUACUGUGUCAAGUUUGGCGAGUGAAUUAAACAAAUUCGUAGGAGUACUUUAUGCUGGACUUAUGAUCACAAAAGAUGGAAUCAAGGUGUUGGAAUUCAACUGCAGGUUUGGUGAUCCUGAAACGCAAGUAUUGAUGCCUUUAUUGGACAGCGAUCUGUACAAAAUCUUCGAAGAUUGCUGCACUGGUCAUUUACAAGAAAAUAGAACUGUGAAAUGGAAACAAAACACAUCGUGCGUUGGAGUUGUAAUCGCUUCUAAAGAAUAUCCAUACAGUAGCAGCCAACCACAACCAGUUUCAAAUUUUUCCAAAUUCGAAGAAUAUCGCGAUUUGUACAUUUUUCAUGGAAAUACAUCCUUAACCGAAAAAGGUGUAUUGGCACGUGGAGGUCGUGUCUUCAACGUUGUAGCUCUGGAUUCUACUUUGACUAGAGCUUCAGCUAGAGCAACUAGAGCCUGUGGGGAAGUUGAAUUCCCUGGUGCUCAAUUCCGAACAGAUAUAGGCUGGAAAGGAAUUACAAGGUCUAUUUUGAAGCAUGGAAAAAGCACAUAUCAGUCUGCCGGGGUUAAUAUUACUGCUGGAAAUAAUUUCAUUAAAUCCAUGAAAACUCAAAUCGAAUCAACUUUCAACGACGAUGUUGUCUCAUCAAUUGGAGGAUUCGGAGCACUUUACGAUGCCAAAUUUAGCGAAUACAGGCAUCCUAUUUUGGUAUCCGGUUGUGAUGGAGUUGGGACAAAGCUAAAGAUUGCACAAAAAUGCCAAAAUCAUACAACUAUUGGACAAGAUUUGGUAGCUAUGUGUGUCAAUGAUAUUCUAGCUCAAGGUGCUAAACCUUUAUUUUUCCUCGAUUAUUUUGCUUGUGGUCAAUUGAAAGAAAAUAUAGCUAGUAACGUUAUUGCUGGUAUCUCAAAAGGCUGUAAAUUAGCUGACUGUGCGCUAGUUGGAGGAGAAACUGCAGAAAUGCCCGGAUUCUAUAAAAACGACGAAUACGAUUUAGCUGGUUUUGCUGUUGGUGUGGUGGAGAAAGAGGUAAUGUUACCUCAGGGUGUGCAAGAAGGGGACAAAGUAAUUUAUUUACCAUCCAGUGGAAUUCAUUCAAAUGGAUACAGCCUUGUUCAGAAAAUAUUUGCCGAUUAUACUGCAGAAGAUUUAUCUACUGUUGCUCCUUUCAGUUCUGAGGGGAAAACGUUUGGGGAAGAAUUACUAACUCCAACUAAAAUUUACACCAGAGAGAUUUUACCAUUGGUAGAAAAGAGAUUAAUCAAAGCUUUUGCUCACAUAACUGGCGGUGGCUUAUUGGAAAACAUUGGUAGAGUGCUGCUUCCAUAUCAUAAAGUCGAAUUGGAUGCAUUGGCAUGGAAUAUAUCACCAGUAUUUGGAUGGAUAGCAGCAAUAGGUGGCGUUAACGAAGAAGAAAUGUUACGAACUUUCAAUUGCGGAGUUGGCGGUGUAGUUAUUGCUAGUCCAGAAAAUGUUGGCGAAAUAAUUGAAUUUUUGCAAACAGAUGUAAUUGGAGAAGUGAAAGUGAAAGGAUUAACCGAACGACAAGUACAGGUACGAAAUUUUGAAAAAGCCAUAUUAAAAGUGAUGAACCCGUUGAUUCCUGUUUUAUUAAGUCCUAAGUACACUGCUUAUAAGCGUGUAGCUGUCAUGAUUUCUGGAACUGGCACAAAUUUGAAAGCUCUUAUAGAGAGUACGAUAAAUGAUCCUCAUUCGCCAGCCAAAAUUGUGUACGUGAUUUCUAGUCGAGCUAAUGUAAAAGGAAUUGACAUUGCCGAAGAAAACGGAAUUCCUUAUCAAGUAAUUCAAAGGAACAGGCAACAUUCGACCGAAGACAAUGAUAGACCAAUAGUACAAGCAUUACAAAAGGAAAAGAUUGAUAUAGUUUGUCUAGCUGGCUACAUGCAUAUUUUAUCCGACUGGUUUGUUAAGCAGUGGAGUGGAAAGAUGAUAAACAUACAUCCAUCCUUGUUACCUUCAUUCAAAGGAUUAGCUGCUCAAAAGCAAGCUUUAAACGCCGAAGUAAAAUUUACUGGAUGUACAGUUCAUUUCGUUGAAGCUGAAGUCGAUUCUGGAGGAAUUAUUGAUCAGAGAGUGGUACCAAUUUACUCCAAUGAUACGGAAGAAAUAUUGGUAGAACGUAUUAAAGAAUACGAGCAUCAAGUUUUUCCAUAUGCUUUAAAAUUACUUGCAUCAGGAAAAAUCAAACUCGAUUCCGUAACUAAGAAAGUUAUAUGGCAUUGAAAUUAAAAAUAUAUAUUAUACUUAAAUAAAA